AUGGAUAUAUUGAGAAAACUUCAAGCGUCACUCGCUGAAGAUUUCGAGCAGUACUUUGACCGGGCCUAUCGCGAUUUAGCCGCUGAGGUUGCUACUCGUGAUGCGAAAAUCAAAGACCUUGAGAAAGAAAUCGAGCUCUCGAAAAAUGCCCAAAGAGACGAUGUCGCGCGUAUACGAGAGUUAGAGAAUCAGGUUUCCCGUCUUCAGGAGGACCUACGCUGGCAGAAUAUAGGACCCAAGGAUCAGAGCGCUGUCAAGGACAAGUUGGACGAAUUGCAAGAGACGUACGAUCCCGACAGAUUGCUCAAGACUGUUCGCGAAGCCGAUCCGAAUAACCCCGAUGGCAACUUUCGUCAGGCCCUCGAGCAGCUUGAAUGCAGCUACCGUGCUUUAUACGAAGACGUUAGAACUCUUCUUAAAGUAACAGGUUCCCUCAGGACGCAAGUCAAGAGACAUAAACAUACAGUCGCUCAAUGGCAGCGUUGGUUCUCUCACAAGAAUUCGGCUACGCCUGUCGAAGGGACUGUGGUCAGAAACAGACGUCUUGACGGAACAUCCAAAACUCUACGAGGCCCCGAGAGCUUGACUGAUGGCGAGCUGGCAUUAUCGCUUUCGCAAGGGUCAAUAUCGGAUCUAGUUCCACAGAGCGCCGUGGAAGCGCCUACCGAACCUUCCAAUCCGAAGGCUGAUUCAUCAGUCCCGACGGUCUCAGUCAGUGAAAAUGCUAUACAACAGCCAUUAUCGCCUUCCUUUCCUCAACCUCAACCAGAUCCUAUUCAUUCUACACCGCAAGUGAAACAGGAGCGCGAUGAAUAUUCGGACCAUGUGGUUAUGAUGAAUGUCCCCGAAUCGGAUCCGUUAUCGACACAGUCUGAGGAACCGACUAGUGCCGGCGAUAGUCGUCCACCCCACGAUGCUCCAUCUGCAUCAGAAAAGAAUCCAGAAGGUAUCCAUGUCGAAGAUCGCGCCCAGGUGAGGCCUGUUAAUAUAAAGAGCGAGGAUCUAUCUUCAAGUCCGAUUCAAAGCACCUUUCAAAGCCGCGAAUCAAACCCUUCAGGAACGCAGGAUUUGGAUGAUGUCGGUAGUUCUGUGAGGACACCAAAAAAGCAAUCUUUUGUUGUAUUUGAGGAGACAACCUCGAGCCCCCGUCAGCAGGGGCAGUUUAGACGGGACCAAAAAAGUCUUCGUGCACUUCAGCCAAAAGACGACAACAGAAAAAGCUGCAAUCAGGCCGUCGUAUUUUCUAGCUCGAAACGAAUAAAGGUCUCUGAAAGGGGAAGUGCUGCAAUUCCUGCUGUUACAGAAGACGGCGAAGACGAAAAUUUCGGUCCCCGCAGAAAACAUAGGGAUGAGAUGUCUCGGAAUAGUCUUGAACGUGUGCCACAUUCCGCUUCUCGAAAUCCAAUGGCGCACCGGAGACUCGAUGAUCUCCUGGAGGCACAUUCACCACUGAAACGUCAGAUACUUUUCCAAGGAUCCCCUAAGACAUCUGCAGUCUCUUCGCAAAAUCGGAGCAACUUUGAUUUAAGAUCUCGGAAGGUCCCGUUAGAACGCAAUCCGCCUUCAGAAAGCCCGUGCGGGUUUGAUGGCUCAUCAGAAUUGCACGUACGAAAGAGACGCAUCACGUCGAAUACCAACGGUUCCGAACCAGACAAUGGUGAGAGGCCGAGAGAUGUUUUGGAGCACGUUCCUUUGAGAGCACGACCGCUUGAAUCUCUCGACCUGAGCUGCUUUAAGGUCAAUACGGAAAGGAACGAUGGGCUCGAUUUUGCUUUCGACGAGGUCGUCCGCAAGCAAGAUCGGCGGAUAUGUCUGCCUGGCUGCAUGCGUGCAGACUGCUGCGGAGACAAGUUCCGCGCUAUGGCACGAGCCGGAGGUAUUCAGUCGGCGGACAUAGACCGCCAGAUAUUGGAGGAGUAUCUUGGUGAUCAGAAGCAUGUGCUCGACGAAAUCAGCGACCAAGACCGGGAAGAUCUACUUGUUGAAGCGAAGGCCAGGUUUCUAGCAGACCGAUUUGGUAGACACAGAUAUGCACAUGAGCGUCAUCGUUCCCCUCCCGGUUUCUGGCGUACAGAUAUGCCGAGCACGCAGGAAUUGGCCAGAGAUCGAGAAGAAGCAAAGGAAUUAGAGAGGGAAAAGAUUAAAGAGCGAUACAGAGAGGCCAUGCGACCUGGAGGGCUCUGGAAGUUUGCUGAUGAGUAA